AUGUCAGGACCAUGUGCUCUGGCAUAUCUGAUGACCUACUCAGAGUUGAAGACACAAGAACUAAAGACGCUCAAUAUAGAUAUUGCUGCACUGCAGGGGACAAGACUCCUCUCAAACGGCAAACUCAAAGAACAGGACUUCACCUUCUUUUGCUCAGAGGAGACCAAGGACCACUUUUACAAAGAUCUCAACUGUGUCAUUAGAAACAUACCAACCAACGAAAACAUCUACCUUCUAGGAGAUUUUAACGCUCGCGUGGGACCUGACCAUGACUCGUGGCCCAUUUGUGUCCGACAUUUUGGUAUUAGCAACAUGAACGACAAUGGUCAGAGACUGCUUGAAUUUUGCACAUACCAUAACCUGCGCAUCACCAACAUAUUCUUUUCCAACAAGCCAUCCCACAAGGCAUCUUGGAGACAUCCAAGAUCUCCCCACUGGCAUCAGUUGGAUCUCAUCGUCACACGAAGAUCCUUUCUGAAUUCUGUUCAACGGACCAGUAGUUACCACAGCGCGGAUUGUGACACAUCAUUCACUAAUAAGAAGCAGGGUGAGGAUUCUGCCUAA